AUGAAUGCCUCGUACGCAGGUCGGCAACUGCCGGUUACUCUCACAGCAAUCGAUAUCGGAUAUCAUAAAGAUCCAGGCGGUGUUCUCUGCAAAUCCAUACUUGGGAUCAGCAAUGGCGAGCUUUACGCUCAUUUGAGUAAGCAGGAGUACGAUGAUAUAGUGUCUACGAAGCUUCAGACCGACCUGGCUUUUUUCGCAAGUCUUGGUUACAACCCAAGAUACUUUCCGGUAACUAGUGCUUGCAACGCUGCCAAGGGUAUUUUAAUUACCGAUUUAGCUCAAGAACCUCUACAUCUGCUGUGCACCGAAUACUAUUGGCUGCCUCGUUUUCCGAAAGGAAUUGAGCGUGGAGAUGCGGAGCUGACUGUUCAAGCCUUGAACAGUCUGGGUCCCAGCCUGCAAAGUACCCUCAAUUGGUGUACGAACUUCGGAAAGGCCAACAGCCUUGGUGUAGCAACCCAGUUCCUAUUCUUUCCAUUCCUCCCUGCCGAGAUUCGGGCCAUGAUCUGGGCCAUGGCCGCAAACCACCCUCGGUUCUUGGAAAUUGAACAUCAACGACUUCCGACGCAUCCCCACUCAAGACAUUUUGAUGCUUUCUACGCCGUGUCACCUAGCUCUCGUAGAGCACCGCCAAUUUGGAAUGCCUGUACGGAAUCGGCUUUCGAAGCUGCGAAAUACUACAAAUACACUGAGCUUGACUUUCAACAUCCCUUCGAGCAAGAGAGAGCUGUCUUGUUCAACCCAGCUGCAGACAUUAUACUGUUUCGGUCAGGUUCCUGCCUCACGACUCUCAAGCAGUUCUGCGCAGUAGUGGGCUUCCGAGGCUUGGAUAUUCGCCAAAUCGCUGUUUCAAACACGGAAAGCUUCCACCAGUGCUGCACCUGGGAUCUUGAUGACCCCCUUCAUUUCGCUCUGUCUACCCUCUCCACUCGGGUUGCGGUCUACAACAAACUCACUAUGAUCACUCUCUUGGGCGGAUUUGUUUUCGUUCCCGGAAUUCAAACCAUUUUCUUUCCAGGAAUUCGGCUGGCCAAGAUAUUCCUCAUCAUCGACUCCAACCUUGCCCGUCUACGCCAUGGAGGUAUUGACUACUCAACCACCUGUCGUCCAGCAAAAGUCCCGGGUAGAGACGAAGCCGAGACAAAUAUCUUGAGAGACAUCUCGGACCACCACUCGCUUGUUCUGCACGCUGUUCCAGAGUGCCUGCCUGAAAUUGAAUGCGUGAGUCUGUACUCUAUCGGUGCAGAGGACAACGGCAACACGCUAUUUUCAGCUCUGACUUUCAGCGCGGAGCGUUUCCAUCAACUCGGUCUCCACCUUCAGGACUCGAUCAAGACGAUUCAAGAUACAACUGGUUGCCGAAUUGUCUUUCCGGAGACCGGACCAAACCAUCUCGAGCACAACCCCGUUGUUGAGCUUGGAUUCAAGGGUACAUGGGCAUCAGUCGCAGAGGCUGAGAGCGUUGUUUUGAGUCUACAAGUAAGCUGUUCUCGCCGGUAUCCGUACCCAAUUCGUGCCUUCACUAACGGUCAAGCAGGAGGAUGUACGCCAAGGUCCAAGCAUCUCCACGUACCAGAAGCCAAACAUCCACGUCGAGCCAUCAAAGAUGUCACAGAGUGGAUACAUACUCCAGGUCUAUCAACAUGGACACCCGUCCCAGAGAUACCACCAACCGGUUCGCCAACAACAAUUCAACAUGCCGAGCGGGAGCGGUCGACGCUACGCUAA